CCAGGUAAACCGGGCGCUCGCCUGACGCAAUCGGGCGAAGGCGAGCGCUUAUUUCCGGGGUGCGAUCCUGCCUUGGAGGCGCUCUCGUCCAGAGGCAUCAUGAGCAGUUCUGAAGAGCAGAAACAGCUGGAGCUUCUCGGCAGCCUCAAAGAUCAAGUGAUUGGUGAAUAUGAAGAGUUAAGAACAGAGAAUAAGAAAACACAGGAAGAGUGUGACAAAAUCAAACAGGAGAGAGAUGAAGCGGUCAAAAAACUGGAAGAGUUCCAAAAAAUUUCUCACAUGGUCAUUGAGGAAGUCAGUUCCAUACAAAGCCACCUUGAAAUUGAGAAGACGUGUCGAGAGAGUGCAGAAGCUCUGGCUACAAAGCUGAACAAGGAAAACAAGACUCUGAAAAGAAUCAGUAUGUUAUAUAUGACAAAACUUGGGCCAGAUAUCAUUACUGAAGAAAUCAACAUUGAUGACGAAGAAUCAUCCACAGAUGCAGAAGGUGGUCCAGUUGCAUGUAAUUCAGUGCAAUGCCAGCAGCUAAUCAAAGAUCUGCGAGAUCAAAUUAUAUCUCUUCAGGAGGAAAAGAAAAACAUAGUUAUUGAACUGGAAAACCUGAGAAGCAAAUAUGCAGAAAAUGCUGUAGAAGUAACUAAAGUAAAGGAAGAAAAUGCAAUUCUGACAGCUGAAGUUCAUAAACAGCAGAAAGUGUUGGAAAAAUGUAAUCAAGUGUCUGUACUGGCAGUAGAAGAAUAUGAAGAACUACAAGUAAACUUUGAAUUGGAGAAAAGUUUGCGGAAGAGAGCAGAAUCCUUUGCGCAAGAGAUGUUUAUUGAACAAAAUAAGCUUAAAAGGCAAAGUCAGCUUCUGCUGCAAAACUUGGCCCCCGAUGAACAGCUUCUGAAAGCCCUGGAUGAAAAUGCAAAAUUGAAUAUAAUAUUGGAGGAAGAGAGGUUGCAACACAGGCAAAAGGUUAAAGAAUUAGAGGAGCAACUAGAAAAUGAAGGCUUACGCAAGGAAAUUAAAUCUCUCAAACAGCAGCUGGAACUUUUAGAAGAAGAUAAAAAGGAACUGGAGGGAAAAUAUCAGAGUUCUGAAGAAAAAGUUAAAAACCUAAAACAUUCAGUUGAUGAACUUCAAAAAAGGAUACACCAGUCAGAAAAUGUAAUCCCACCUCCACCUCCUCCAUUGCCACCUCCACUUCCUCCUCCUCCAAAUCCAAUAAAGUCCCUCAUGUCAAUGAUUCGUAAGAAAUCUCAUUCAAACAGCAGCACAGCCAAGAAAGAAAAGGCAUCUCUACAAGAAUCAGGAGAAAUAGACCUGAAGAGACAAGCGGUGGAAGAAAUGAUGGAUAGGAUUAAGAAAGGGAUUCACCUUAGACCUGUUAAUCAGACCAGCCAUUCUAAGAGAAAGCCAGAAGUUCCCAAGGCCUCUGAGGGUGCAGUGAAAGAGCUAAAGGGAAUUCUGGAAACACUGAAUACAUCUACAAGUUCAAGAAGCCUGAAAUCCCUUGAAACAGACAGCAGUGAAACAGAAUUAGAAAGAAUCUUGAGGCUGAGAAAAGUGACAACUGAGCAAGACAGCAGCAGUCCUGGUGGAAUGUUGGCUUCUUCUGAAUCCAAAUCCAUGCCAGUGUUGGGUUCUAUUGGAACAGAAUCGGCAUUGACCAAGGAGAUUCUGGAGAUGGAAUUCAGACACAAACCCUCAGAGUCAAUUGAUGGACAUCAUAAAAUGGUUGAAGGAACAAGCAUCAGAGUUAAUACUCAAUUACCGCGCGAUGUGGGGUUUUCAAAUCAAGUUGAAUCAAUUGUAGUAUUGAAUCCUGAGAAAGCAAAAGAGCUGAUGCCUGAACAUCUGAAUCAAGAGAAGACAAUGGAAGGAAAAAGUCAACAAUUUAACAAAGAUGCUAGUAUUGAGAAAACAAAAGAGACAGACAGCUCUCACUGCUAAUUGAUGUGAUAAAAGGUGUUGACUUCUGGAAAUCGGUUUCAGUAAGCAGCUUCAUUUGUAUGUAUUGAAAAGGGCAAUAUUCUGUACUUUAUGAUAGUUUACUUCAACCUUUUAUAUGCAUUUUUCAUUAUGUACAUUAGAGUGUAAUUAUACACAAUCAAGAGUUACAGUUUUGGACUUCUUACUCUGUAGUCAACAGAGUUUCUUCUGAAUUAUUGCAUUUGUUUCUUGAAUUAUGCAAAACCUCAGACUUUAUUUUCAUAAUGUUAUCUUGUGUUAAUAGCUUCUUUAAGGCUUAAUUCAAAGCCUAAUAAAAAUUAAUUGUAAGGACAGAUCAGGCCCUAGUUGGGUAAUUGGAGAAAUUCAUUUGUUAGAUUAUAGAAUGAUAAUAUGACCAUGAAUCCAUUCUAGAAGACACAGGACUUUUUUUAAUCAGUAUAGGUGGACUUCUUGGCAAGACUAAUGAACAUUUGGACUAAUUAAAGGGGGUCAUUAAUAGGGUUUCCCCCCCUCAUUUGCUGAAUCUUCAGUCCUUUGCCUUUGAGUAAAUAUUUUAAAUUUGAAGACAAAGCACACUUUCUUGUUUUUUAAAAUAAUCUAUGCAUUUGUUGUAGCAAAACACAAUCUUAACAGAACCAUCCCUUCCUGUGUAAGAGAGAAGGGAAUGUCUCUUUGAUAAUAUAGCAAUCACAAGGGUUUAUUACAAGCACCUGUAUUAAAGCUAGUUUUUUUUAAAGCUGCCCAGUUAAUUUAGGCACCUUUUUAUUGAUCAAAGUGUUUUUAAUCAGUUCAUUUAAGAAGUCAAUUGACUAGGCAUUGUAGCUCUAAAAAGAAAAUUAGAAGUCAUUCAAGAGUUACGUUCUUUCUUCUACAGAUUUUAUUUUCAUUUUAAAGGGCUCAACAUUUCUGGUAGAUUGUAUUGGCAAGAUAUCAAUACAGUAGCACAAUUUUAUCCUAUGUAAGGAUUAUUGUUUUUCCUACUCAUCCUUUGUACAUUUGAAAAGUAAACAAUGCAGUAAACUUGCUCCAUCUAAACAGAUGUUGCAGACUUCACGGGGCUCUUAGCCUCCUAUUUCCAAACCACAAUGAAAAAAAGAGGUCCAUUCCUCCUGAAGUUUACGCACUGCUUUCAUUGCGUUAAACUUAAUCCCAGGUAUACUGUAAAGGAUAAAUUAGUAAAUGAGGCUUGCUUAUUUACAACUCACUUGUCCAGACAGUGUACAACCCGGUUAAGUUUUGUUCUAUUAUUAAUGUAUUUGUUGCAAACUUUCAGCUACUAGUACGUUUCAGCUGAUAAUUUGCAUAGCCCCUAAUAGCUUGAUACUUAUUUUGACUCCAUUGCAGUCACUGAAUGCAGAAUGGUAUAACUACGCUUAAGAUGGCCCACAGCCUCCUGUACCAAUUUAUCCAGGCAGAAUCUGAAUUCAAGUUUAAAACAAAAGGCCCAUUUCAUGGCCACCUUUAUCUGCCCUUGUCAAGCACUUUCUUCAGGCAGAAAGAUGUUAAUGUGCAACAGUUCACCACAUGGAUCCACAAUAUUUUCUGUUAGAGCUGACUAUCAGGAAUAUUUUGUGUUGCUAUGAAGACAGUCAAUAUCAUGAGCAGGGCCAUGCAAAAAAUUUUUACCAUAUGGAUGUGAUUCAGUUGCCACAUGAUAUUUUAUGUUAAACAAGGUUCACCUGAUGUUUCCUUAAAUGGAUGGAUACUUGUUCAAGAUAGCAAUAGAUCCUGUAACAUAAGGAAAACUGGUGCUUAUUUUUUUUCAAGUUUCCACAGUGUACAAAAUUUGGACUUUAUUAUACUUUUGUAAUACUAAUAGGAAAUAAUAAAAUCUUGAGAACUGCAACUUUCAGGUAAAAAUAACGAUUACAAAGAGCACUAUUGAGAGCAAAACACAUUGGAUCCAAAGGAUCAAUCUUCUCAUGGAAUGGAUCUUUAUUGCCUCCUCCUGACUUCUGUACUCCUUUUAAAAAGUGCCUUUAAAGAAUAUUAACAGAACAUAAUGCAGUGGCAGAGGAGGGGGUGCAACAACAAAAAUGAUAGAAAUGUUGGCCCUUUCCACCCUCCUUUACUGAGGAGAAAUAUUUUCCGCUCAUGCAAGGGCUAUUUUGGUUCAGCCCAAUAUGGUCAACUCUAUUAGUUCUUAUACCUAAAAGUAUGAUACUUUUUAAGGGGUGACUCCUAUCCCAGACAUCCAAAAUGUAUAACGGUAAGAGACAUUUUCCAGGUUUGUCAAGGAUUUUUAAAAUGUUAACCAAAUGCUACACUCCUGCAGUUGCAAAAAUCAGUUGAAAUGCCUUUUUGUGGGGAGGGGCUUCCUGUUUGUCCUCCUGCGUGGGUAGCACACCAACCAUAAGAUUAGAAGAAGAAGAAGUUUAUAUUCCCUCAUUUCUCCCCUGUAAGGAGACUCAAAGGUGCUUACAAUAUCCUUUUCCUUCCCCCCUCACAACA